AUGUCACUGGAUAGAAGAGAUCUAACUAUAGGUUCAGAUAAAUCUUCAUCACUUUCACGAUCAGAGGCAGGAACCUAUGAUGUUAUACAGGCUGAAAUACAACAUGCUAAAAGACAAGAACUCAAUACAGGCAAUGCCAUGGCAAAUAAUAAUGGACCAAGUGCAGGACCCAGCAGUAGUAGUGCUGAAAAUGAUGCUGAAGCUAAAAAGAGAAAAUGGCCCACAGAAAAAUCAUACUUUUUGGCCAAAGAACUCUUAAUGAGUGAACGUACGUAUAAAAAAGAUUUGGAAAUUCUCAACAAUCAUUUCCGUCAGGAGCUAACAGCCGAAGAUGUUGAGAAUCUACAGCCCUUGUUUGAAAUGUUGGAAUCUAUGGGUCAACAUCAUAAUAUAUUCUUAAGAGAUUUAGAACAUCGUAUGGUUUUGUGGGAGGGACGUGGCACUCAUGAUACUCAUCGUAUAGGAGAUGUUAUGUUAAAAAAUAUGGCCGCCUUACCCAUUUACGAUGAAUAUAAUCAGGCUCAUGGUGAAAUUUUACAAUGUCUCAAUGAAAUGUUUGAGACCGACAAUCGUUUCCAACAGAUCUAUAAAGAUAUUGAACAGCAAAAGAUUUGCUAUUUACCCAUAGGAGAAUUGCUAUUGAAACCGCUCACUCGCAUGCUGCACUAUCAAUUGAUAUUGGAAAGACUUUGUGAUUUCUAUACCGAAGAACAUUUAGACUAUGCCGACUGUCAGGCUGUCUAUCAUUUACUCUCACGCUCUGCCAAACAAAUACGCCAACAACUACCCGAGUCCAUGAAUUUCAUACAACUCUGUGAAUUACAGCGUGACAUUACCGGUUUCGAUAAAUUGGUGCAAAGUCAACGUAAACUCAUACGACAGGGCUGUUUGUUGAAACACUCUAAGCCGGGUCUGCAACAACGCAUGUUUUUCCUUUUCUCCGAUCUAUUACUUUAUGGUUCUAAGUCACCCAUUGAUCAGUCGUUCCGUAUAUUGGGUCAUGUUCCCGUUCGCUCGUUGUUAACGGAAAAUGGUGAACAUAAUUCGUUUUCUAUAUUUGGUGGCCAGUGUGCCAUAACGGUUAGUGCCUGUACCACCGCUGAGAAGACACUUUGGCUGGCCGAAAUGUCGAAGGCGGCUGCGGAUAUUAAGAAUAAACCUCAUACCCAAUUGACAUUGAAUUUGAAAAAUUGCAGUGAGUAUUUAGCGUUAUAUCUUAUAAUUAAAAUUUAUUUUAUAAAAAAUGGUAAUUUAUAUCCUUUAUUUGGCUGCCAAGAAAAGGAAGUUAUAGUAGCAACCUCCUCUGAAGAGGGUCUCGAUCUCUUGGGUCUGACGAAUGGCAACAAUUCAAUGAUGACGGCGCAACAAUUGCUACAGCAACAACAACAACAAAAUACACAAAACAAAACGCCACCCUCGCGAAGCAAUACCGCUCUACACGUCUGUUGGCAUCGUGGCGCCACCGUAGGCUUGGGCGAUCAUCUUAUCUCCGCCGAAAACCAAUUGUCUGGUUACUUACUGCGUAAAUUCAAAAAUAGCAGUGGCUGGCAAAAACUAUGGGUCGUAUUUACCUCAUUCUGUUUGUAUUUCUAUAAAUCCUAUCAAGAUGAAUAUGCCCUAGCCAGUUUGCCGUUAUUGGGCUAUACUGUAGGACCACCGGGUACACAAGAUGCUGUACAAAAGGAAUUUGUUUUUAAACUGUCUUUCAAAAAUCAUGUCUAUUUCUUUAGGGCGGAAAGUAUUCACACUUAUCAUAGAUGGCUGGAAGUAUUACGCAGCACUACCCAGACCCAAGAUUUUAAAAAUAUACAUGCUACCACUACUAAUAAUUGA